CUCUGGAAUAUACAGUCCUGGUAUGUUAUAUAUAAAUAUCACAGAGGACACAUAACAGUCAGGGGGUGUUAUAACUACUCUCUGUAUUCUGAAGCCUGCAGACCUGGGAUGUGUCAUGUAUGUGUAGAGUUUGGAGGGUGUGAUAACUAAACCCUGCAGCUGCUAAUUCUCCAUCCUUGUCCCCUCUGAUCCUUUCUCCAGCUCUGCAUGGGGUGUAAAGACAUUUCCUGAGUGACUGCAGACUACUCCACAGGGGGGCUCAGUCACUCCCAUCACCCCCACAGCACACAGCCAGGACCCAGGGAUAAUAGCCCGGCCACUGAGUCACAGUAACAAGAAGCAGCUGGAGGCAGCUGGCCCGCCUCCUCUAGCGAGCUUCCUUCCCUCCCUCACUACUGCCUGAACUGCUGCUCAGGGCAUCAUCUUCCCCAGCACCCAGAAGCCCUCUUACAGCGUGGCAUCUCCAGUGCCAGUGUCUAAGGAGGUCAUUGUCUUCACUCCCUGCUCUCUGGACUGCUUGUGACAAUGAGUGUUCUUCCCCCAGUUAGGAGAGACCGAAUCGUGGCAGAACUACCUCAGUGCUUUAAAAAAGAAUCAUGUCUUCACACCAGAGAUUCCUUUCACCCCAAAGUAAGCAGUGCAUGUAAACAUCAGCGGACAGGGACCGUGGGCAGAUUUAAGAUCUCCAAAGUGAUUGUGGUGGGCGACCUUUCGGUGGGAAAGACAUGUAUGAUAAAUAGGUUUUGCAAAGACACGUUUGAUAAGAAUUACAAAGCGACGAUCGGAGUGGACUUUGAGAUGGAGAGAUUUGAGAUUUUGGGGGUUCCCUUCAGUUUACAGCUGUGGGACACAGCUGGGCAGGAGAGAUUUAAGUGCAUAGCGUCGACCUACUAUAGAGGUGCCCAAGCCAUAGUGAUCACAUUUGAUCUGACAGAUAUAUCAUCUCUGGGCCACACAAGACAGUGGCUAAAAGAUGCAUUGAAGGAGAAUGAUCCAUCCUCUGUACUACUUUUCCUGGUCGGUUCAAAGAAGGAUCUCACUUCAGCGGCAGAGUACGCUCUCAUGGAGAAAGAUGCUAUAAAGGUCGCUAAAGAGAUGCAGGCUGAAUACUGGUCCUUGUCCUCACUCACAGGUGAAAAUGUAAGAGAGUUUUUCUUCAGAGUGGCAUCUUUGACAUUUGAAGCUAGUGUACUGGCCGAGCUGGAGAAGACAAAUGCCAGAAGAAUCGGUGAUGUUGUUAAGAUAAACAGCAACGACAGCAACUUGUUUCAGACGACAAAGAAAGACAAGGCCAAGUGCUGCCAAUGACACUAUGCUGCCGACGAAAACUGACAUUUGCACUGAAAAGCUUGAAACCAAACGUUGUUUCACAGGCUUGAUCUACAGAAUGAACUUAAUGUCCUGGUGUUUUGCACUGGUCUAAGAAAUUAAGCAGUACUGCAAUCAUUGUUUUUGAUAAGCCACCGUUAUCUGUGCUCACACGGGUAACUACAACAUUGAGCUGUACUACUACUACUCCUCCCUCCUCUGGCAACGGAUAAUGAAAUCUGUGUUUGAUCUUAAACCUAAACCAAAAUGCCAGAGAGGAAUGUAGUCUCCAUAAAAGGUACACAAACACUUUACCGUGUUAAAAUAAAACCCUAUAGAGGGCAAAUGUGUUGAUCACAGAGCGGUAUAUAUAUAUAUAUUUUUUUAAAGUAGUGUUUUAUACUAAGGUAUAUUAUAUAUCAACCUCAUUGUAUUCUGUAUAUGGCUGUUUCAAAGACAUGUUAAGUGAUGCAAAUAUAGGAAGGUACCUCAAUGGAUAUAUAGAAUCCCACACGACCUCAACAAAAUAAGGUUUUUCAAUUAUUUGUUUUUGGG